AAAGAAGAAUAAGAAAAUAACAUUCUAAAUAAAUGUUUUAUGGAUUGCAAAAAUAUUGAUAAAAAAAUAUAGUCUGACCAGUCCACUGUAAUCGUACAGCAUAUUCUGGUCCAUGAUGCAGACACAGGAGGGGAAGAGUGUUCCCCAGUAACACUGUGUCUAUUGUGAGUGUCCACUCAAGAGCUGACGUUCGACUGGUGCCAUUUGGGAAGAGCGCUGAACACAGGACAAGACAGAAACAACAACAUGAGUUCUCCUGUUUCUCGGCUUUGUGUGUUGGCUUUGUGUUUGACUUACAACUCGGCAACACAAAUGGGUCUGAGCGAUAAAGUGCUGAUCUUCCCUUAUGAGACAGACUUCAGUUAUGUGGCUCUGAUCCCUCAGAAGGAACUGGCUUUAAGGGCCUUCACUCUGUGCAUGCGUGUAGCCACAGAGCUGCCUGAGGAGAGGCAGAUCAUCUUGUUUGCCUACCGCACUCCCGACUAUGAUGAGCUUAACGUGUGGCGUGAGAAGGACGGGCGCAUUUCCUUUUAUAUGAGUGGUGAUGGGGCCUCCUUUCACCUGCCCCCCCUGGGCACUUUCCGCACUAGCCUCUGCCUCACCUGGGAGUCUCGCACCGGCCUGGCGGCAUUCUGGUUUGACGGUAAGCGCAGCACAUACCAGGUGUACAAACCGGGCCACACCAUCCGACCCAAAGGCACUGUGCUCCUGGGGCAGGACCCUGACAAACACCUGGGGGCUUUGGAGGCCCAGCAGAGCUUUGUGGGUGAGCUCACCGACCUCAACAUGUGGGACUAUGUUCUGUCUAGAAGUAUGAUCCAGGCCUGGCACUACCGGCACAAGAUCCCGAAGGGAAACAUCUUUGACUGGGCCUCCAUCAGCUACGACCUCAGCGGAAAUGUGUUGGUGGUAGAUGAUGACUGACAGGAGCCUGUGUCCAGAGCAUGGGUUGACAAGGCUGUGGAGAUCUAUGUAGGACUCAUUAUAACACGCUUUGUGUUUAGUAGACUUUGCUCUUCCACAUGGUAACUUCAGUCCAAGGAAAUGUUACAUGCCUUUUGAAGAUAACCACUAUUUUUAACAUAGGUCGUGUAUAGAGAGACCGGAGAAAGAGGAGACUCACAAAGACCAGAGCAAUGUGUGCAGCAGUGAGGCCUAGGGACAGAGCAGCAGCUUACCUGUGUCUCAAAUAAUGUGCUUUCACCAUUACUAAUAUUACUUAAUGAAAUAAUUACUACUGCCACUGGAGCAUUUUAA